UUGACUUGUGUGCCGGGAGCUGCACCCAAACAAGAAUUUGUGUUGUACGACACCACCACCCCCUGGUUUCAGUCCUGUCACUCAGUAAGAUAUCACUGCGUCUGGAAUUGGCUGAUUCCAAAGCACAGCUAUGGGCAGCUGUGUGCGGAGCUCCAGGGCCCUGUCCCCUGUCCUGCUCCCCCGGCUGCUGCUUCCCCACAUGGGCUACAGACUGGCAGGCAGGAGCCUCUGGACAUCUCCCACUUGCAUGACUGUCAACGGAGACUCCCAGCUGCUCCCACUGCCCAGCCAGGCCCGGGUGGUUAUCUGUGGAGGGGGCAUUGUGGGAACAUCAGUAGCUUAUCACCUGGCCAAACUAGGCUGGACUGACAUAGUGCUCCUGGAACAGGGCAGACUUGGUGCUGGAACAACUAGGCUCUGUGCUGGUAUUGUCAGUGUGGCAAAGCCCAUUUCUAUUGAAUGUCAAAUGGCCAACUACUCCAUUAGUCUUUACCAGCAGCUGGAGGAGGAGACAGGGAUCAAAACAGGCUAUGUGAAGACAGGGUCUUUAUGUCUCGCACAAAAUCAGGAUCGCUUCAUCUCUCUGAAACGCCUGGCAUCCCGACUAAAGGUCAUGGGGAUCAGCUGUAACAUCAUUAAACCUAAAGAGAUAGCAAAACUACACCCUCUUGUCAAUAUCCAUGACUUGGUAGGGGCACUCCACCUCCCUUCAGAUGCUGUGGUGUCUCCACCUGAAGUGAAUCAUGCUUUGGCUGUGGCUUCUGCUGGACAAGGGGUUCAAAUCCUCGAUCGGACAAGUGUUCAGCAGGUUCUGGUGGAGAAGGGUCAUGUGACGGCGGUGGAGACUGACAGGGGCUCAAUUGCGUGUGAAUACUUUGUCAACUGUGCUGGACAAUGGGCCUAUGAGUUGGGCCAGGCUAGUGAAUUGAAGGUGUCUGUUCCUCUUCACGGCUGUGAACACUUCUACCUACUCACAAAACCUCUGCAGGAGCCACUACCAGGGACCACACCAGUGGUGAUUGAUAUGGAUGGCAGGAUAUAUGCACGGCCAUGGCAGGGUGGAAUUCUGUCUGGGGGCUUUGAGAAGAACCCCAAACCUAUCUUCACUGAGGGCCGUAACCAGCUGGAGAUCCAGAACAUGCAGGAGGACUGGGACCACUUUGAGCCGAUGCUCAAUUCUCUGCUGAGGAGAAUGCCUACUCUAGAGUCAGCUGAGAUCUUUCAGCUGGUGAACUGUCCAGAGUCCUUCACCCCUGAUAUGCGCUGUCUGAUGGGGGAGACGCAGGGCAUCUCUGGCUACUUUGUACUGGCAGGGAUGAACUCCUCUGGUUUGGCUUUCGCUGGAGGAGCUGGCAAGUACCUGGCAGAGUGGAUGACCUAUGGUUACCCCACGGCUAACGUCUGGCCACUGGACAUCAAACGGUUUGGUAACCUGCAGAGCAGCCGAACCUUCCUGAGACAUAGAGUAAUGGAAGUCAUGCCUUUGAUGUAUGAACUGAAGGUUCCUCGCUGGGACUUUCAGACUGGACGUCAACUCAGGACCAGCCCUCUGUAUGACCGCCUGGAUACCCAGGGAGCACGUUGGAUGGAGAAACAUGGCUUUGAAAGGCCGAAAUACUUUAUUCCUCAUGGGAAAGAUCUGCUGUCUCUGGACCAGAGUAAGACCUUUUACAAACCAGACUGGUUUGACAUUGUUGGAGCAGAAGUGAAAUGCUGCAAAGAGGCUGUGUGUGUCAUUGACAUGUCCUCCUUCACCAAGUUUGAACUGACUUCAACAGGAGACCAGGCUCUUGAGCUGCUGCAACACCUGUGUGCCAAUGACCUGGAUGUUCCCGUUGGGCACAUUGUCCACACCGGCAUGUUGAAUGAGAGAGGAGGUUAUGAGAACGACUGCAGUGUGGUCCGCAUUAGCAAGAACAGCUACUUCAUCAUCUCUCCAACAGACCAACAGGUCCACUGUUGGCACUGGAUAAAGAAACACAUGCCUUGUGACCCAAAGCUCCACCUGGAGGAUGUUAGCUGGAAGUAUACAGCUUUAAAUCUUAUUGGCCCCCGUGCUAUGGAUGUUUUGGCUGAGCUGUCAUAUGUUUCCAUGACACCCGAUCACUUCCCCUCCAUGUUCUGUAAGGAGAUGAGCGUGGGCUAUGCUAACGGGAUCAGAGUGAUGAGCAUGACUCACACUGGGGAGCCGGGCUUCAUGCUCUACAUUCCCAUUGAGUAUGCACUGCACGUGUACAAUGAAGUGAUGUCAGUGGGUCAGAAGUACGGAAUUCGUAAUGCAGGAUACUACGCGCUGCGCAGCCUACGCAUAGAGAAGUUCUUUGCCUUCUGGGGUCAGGACCUUGACACCUUCACCACCCCACUGGAGUGUGGACGAGAGUUCAGGGUGAAGUUUGACCAGGACACAGACUUCCUUGGUCGUGAGGCGUUGUUGCAGCAACGCCAUGAUGGCGUGUUUCGACGGUUUGUCAUGCUGGUUCUGGAGGAUCACGACACUGAGCUGGACCUGUGGCCAUGGUGGGGGGAGCCCAUCUACUGUAAUGGUCAGCUGGCUGGGACGACCACAAGCAGUGCCUACAGUUACACCCUGGAGCGCCAUGUCUGCCUUGGCUUUGUAUCUCCACCACCAAGUCCAGAGGGGCUCCCCACACCCAUCACCCCGGACUUCAUCAACCGUGGGGACUAUGAGGUAGACAUUGCUGGCCAGCGCUACCCAGCCAAAGCCAAACUCUACCCAUUUAGCUCCCUUUUCACUCAGCAAAAACGCCGCAAGGACGACAUGGAGCUCAGCAACCUCCAUGGGAAGUGAUGCAGAGUAACAGAAAUCCUUCCGAUUGCCUCAGCACCGGUUGCUGCUGUGAUAGAUACUCCUCACCAAAUCCACUCCUGCACUAUAACCUUGCUGUGCCAACCUAUCUCUCCGUCUUUCUGCCUCAUACUCAGCGGGCUGUUGGUACAAUCACUCCUUGUCUCUUUGGUGUUUAACCUCUAUGUUGCAUCUCUCUCUAUCAGAGUGCAAUAUUUAACAGCACCCGAGUGCUUGAGCUCAUCUGCACUUCUUAAGAUCAGUCUUCCUUUUACACGCAAACACAGUCCACUCAGUCUCAGAGACGUGUUCACUGGGACAAUCUGCAGUUAGGUGUCUUUGUCAAGGUGACACCGACACUAGCUCAUGAGAAUUUGUUCACUUUAACCCACGUAGAAGGGAAAUAACUCCCGAAAAUCUUCUGCAGUUUGGAUUUUCAGACACUUUGGAGUGCUGAAUGCCUACAUAGUCAGUGUAGACAAUGACAUGACUCCCAUUUUUAAUGUAAAUGUGCUGCUUUAAAGACUGUGUGAUGUGAUUUGACUUGUCUAACAAUAUUCCAUCCCCACAGCAUUAUGCUUAACAUUGAAGGGAAAACAUCCUUUUUAGUCCAGGGGACAUUUAAUGGGUUAAACCAUUUGGGUUAAACCAGUGCCGCCUAUCACUCCUCUUGUUCUGUUGUAAAAACAAAACAAAAACCCAAAAAGGCUUUGCAGGCUACUUAGCAUCAUUGUACUCCCCCCCACCAACUCUCCACUGUUAUUGUUAUUCUGCUGUCAAAUUUGCAGUAAUAUAAUCCAACCAAUUAUUUAUGUCUUUUGAGCGUUUGGUGUCAGUGUUGCUCUUCUGAUGCAGAGGUUUUUUUUUCAUUUCGUUGAUGUGCGGUUAUUGAAUGCGUGACAUUAUGUUGUGUGUGUGUGUGUGACCCAUAGAUGAGGGAAACUGGGAUGGGGAAACUGGGUCUGCAGCUGUAAUCCCAGAUGUGUUGGUUGGAGCUCACAAUUUUCAGACAUUGGUUGAUUCGAGUUUUGCUUGAUCCGGAGAUGUUUAUGUAAAGGAAGGAGUUCAUUGCUAUGUGAAAUAAAGUAUAAUGUAUUUUUGUAUAGCUAGUGUGUAUAAAAUCUCUAUUUUCUCUACUGCACCUUUUUAUCUAUAUAACUUAUAAAUGAUGUCAGCUGGAUGAUUUUGAUCAGAUCUAUUAUUCUUACAGUUGUGCGUAAUGUUAAAUGCUCUAAAGAAUAUUGUCACCAUGUAAAUGUCAUGUGUGUUCAUAUCGAGAGGAACUUUAUUGGACUUGGGUCAGGGAGUAGAGUAAGAACACACUUAGUUAUUUACAGUACAGCAUUGUUUUCCUGGUGUCGACGGGCUCUGCACCAAACUAUGUGUUCACCUGGUGGGACCACAGACAUCCCUCUGGUAACAUACACUGAGUGCCUUGCUUUAAGAGGGUAUGGAGGCAAAUGUGUCAUCCAAAUGUAAACAAUGGUACCAGCAUCAGCAGCCUUGCUGUAACCCUCUCUCAGAUACAAAUGUGUGAUACAUGAACACACAUUUGAUUUAUACACAUUUCAGCCAGAGACAAGAGCUUGAUCAGACUUCAUGUUUCCUUGAAUGUGUCGAGGGCCAUUGUUGAUCCAAAUUAAUCUUUAGAAAAACACAGAUUGAUUAUUUGCUUAAGUACCAGAUUUAUUUAUUUUAUGUAAAUCAUCUUGAUCAGUUUAUUUCACCUCUGAGAGAAAACCUGUUUAAAUGGGACGAGGAGCUGCUGUUAUCCUGUCAAAACCAGAACAUAGAAGGCCUCUUUACAUCCUGAUACUUGGUUAAGUGUGUUGAUAUUACUCAUUUGCACAAAUGAGUCUGUGACAGAGGUGUUUGCUCUGGGUAGGUUCAGGAGGGUUAACUGCCUCAUUAAGUGGGGAUCUCUGAGGAUUGUUCAUUACAUUAGUCUGUAGCAGCAACAACUUAAAUUGUAUAAUGCGUUGUCAACAGAUGACACCUCUGGCCAGGUGACUCCAUUGGUGGCUUAAUGCCACUUGCUUUACGGAUUUGUUCAAUGUCAGAUACUUGCGCGUACAAAGGGCUAUUUUUUUGUUCUCAUGUCCGCUUUAUAUUUUGCGGAAAAAAAGGUGUUUAUAUUAAAUUAAGUGUGUGCUUGUGAGAGUACAAUGAAUUAACGACAGUCUUCCUGUGAGUAGUCUGUUUAAGUGUUGACUGGUUCUUGGCCCUGACCUGAUAAGAUUCAUCCCUUCAACACUAAAAGGCAACACAAGACUUGGUCCGGUGUUGCAAUUGAUCAUUUGUUAAAAGUAAUAUUCAGUUCAUAUAUGUAUAGAUUAAGGCUCCAUAAUCAUAACUGUACACUGUCUUACUCUUCUUAUCACAUUAAUGUACAUCGGUGUGAAUUUAAGAAAUUUAACAAAGGAGAAAAUUACUGUCAAGUCUGUUGAUGCUGGCGUUAUUUGUCUCAAACACACAGAAACCUUGACAAUAGUUUACUGCAUGUUUGUCUCUUAUGCUUCAUGUUUCCAUUUCUUCUCAUACUGAAGUGUAAAUCCAGCUUUCCCCCAAAGCUUUACACUGUUGUGUGUAUCAUAUCAAACAGAUGUUUUGCUGUCUAGUGGUACAUAUAAAGAGAAAUGUGUUCAUA